AUGGUUCUAGGCCUUCUGGCCAUGGCAAACUGCCAGGGAUCCCUGCUAGAGAUGUCUCAGCAGCUCUGGACCAAGCUUCUCACAGGAGGAUUUGCCAAAGCAGGGAAAUUAGACCCUCUGCGGGUUCCGGUGAUCAAAGUGGACCAGUCUGAAGGAGACACCAGUUACAGAAUAAUUCUACGCAACAUGGAGAUUGUUGGACUAAACGAAUCCACUCUAGACAGCAUUCAUAUAGCUCGAGGAAGACUGAAGUCGAACUUGAGCGACUUGGAAGCUGGCUACGUGAGCUACAGUGAUCUCAGGGAUUUGGAUUCGAUUAGAUAUAGAUUCCAUACGCUUAUUAAGGAACCUAAGACACAGAAUGAGACCUUCGAGGCUAUAGUCUCUGCUACCAAUCGAGAAAGUAAACUGGUUGCCAGCCCGAGGGAGCAAGAGAGUCAAUUUGAGAGGAUCAGACAGUACGAUCCCUUUUUAAUGAAGAUUCAGGCGGAGAAGAUGAAAGAGGAGCCUGUUGAUCGUGCCCAAAACGAUCACAAACUGCAUCAUCCGGCUGGUUUUGUUUCCUUCAACGUGGAGGGUCCCAAGGUUCUUUCGAAAUCAGAAACAACUCGAAUUGUUGAGAAUUUAAGGUACCCUUCUGACGUUCAGCUGAUCUACGCCAUGGGCGCCAUGAAUUCUGGAUUGAACUCUAAGAAUUAUGAGCAGAAGGAGAGUCAAGCCAGGUCUAGAUUAGGUCUUUACGCUGGUCAGGAUAGAGAAAGUGGCCGACAGAGCCAGAGGAGAGAGAAUUUUGGCAACAGAAGGAUGGAAGGGCGUCAUGAAGAUAUCGAAACGUCAGCCUCCGAGAAUGUUGAGAGCAAAGCGAAGGAUCAGAGGUACGUUCCUGGAUUGAUUAGCAGGGAGCAGGUGUAUCAAGGUGAAUCUAAGCACAUGGAGAAGCAACCGGGUUAUAUCGACAUAGUCUACGCGGAUGGAAGCAAAAAUGGCGGCGUGAAACGGUUUGGGAACGGAAGGAUUGAGUCUAAGGAGAAUCCUCGUGUGUUUGGCGUGAAGGAUGUUUCCAAGGAUAUCCUCGAAAGUAAACGGACUAUUAGUUACAACUGUACCGAGGGAGAGGCCUUGACGAAGAGGAACGAUGCAGUUAAGGCGGGCAUAGAGGCGAAGAGGUUGGAUGGACUGACUAGAUACGCGAGGGAUUAUCAGGAGAAGCAAGGAUACUUCGAAGAAGGAAUGCAGCUUAUCUAUCAUUACGGCGGAAUGGACGCUAAAAAUCCUCAAGAUAAAUUAGCUCAGGGAACCAGACAUAAGCGUGCUCAUAGAGGGAACGAAACUGAUGACGAUGUGAUGCAUGUUAUUAUGAAAAUAAGAGUUCCCCUGCUUCGCGUGAAAUCUGAUUAUCAAUUAACGGGAAAGGUUGGGAAGGAAUUGGUGACAGGAAACGGACAGCUCAUUGGCAACUUCACUGAGCUGGUUGGUGACUUCACCAUCGAACUGACGAAGACCAGAGGUCAGGACAUGCUAAUUGUGCGUGCAGCCAGGAGCAAAUUAUAUGCCAAAAAUCAAAAGGUCUCGUUGGAGGGAAUGAACGAAGAGGGACCGUUACAAUCGAUUCUCGGUCAUGGUUUGAUGGCCGCGGAGGCGGUAGCCGCCAUGCUUGCAGACGAUUUGGCCACCAAAGCGUUGAACGACAAAACGGCGGACGCGAUGAUCUACAGAAUGUAUAAAAAUCUUCCGGUCAAUUAG